GGCAGCGCCGGUCGCACUUAUGGCCCGCGCCAGGUAAAGGGCAUGCGGCCCGCGCUCGCCGCGCUCGCGGCAUGCUGCGUGGGGGCGCGCGCCGAGCUGCCCUCCGCGCGUCUCGCCACGCGCAACACCACCAUCUCCCACGUGCUCCAGUGUUCGGACGGGCUCGUGCUCCCCGCCUGGUUGCCCCUCGAAGAUGUCCCCACACUUCAAAUAGCCUUCCGCGGUCUCGUCUACUUCCUCAUACUCAUGUACCUGUUCAUCGGAGUCUCCAUCGUCUCCGACAGAUUCAUGGCCGCGAUAGAAGUAAUAACAUCCAGGGAAAAGGAGGUGCGCGUGCGACGAAACGGCAGCGACCAAAUCAUAGUCGUCCGAGUGUGGAAUGAAACCGUGGCUAACUUGACGCUGAUGGCCCUCGGAUCCAGUGCACCCGAAAUAUUGCUAUCAGUUAUCGAAAUCGCUGGGAAAAACUUCGAGGCUGGAGAGUUAGGACCAGGCACCAUUGUCGGAUCGGCUGCUUACAAUUUGUUUGUGAUUAUUGCAAUUUGUGUUGCAGUGAUACCCGACGGAGAAGUGCGAAAGAUUAAGCAUUUAAGAGUGUUUCUAGUCACCGCCACUUGGUCAGUAUUCGCGUAUGUAUGGCUCUACCUAAUUCUAGCAGUGAUAUCGCCCAGUGAAGUGGAGGUUUGGGAGGGUGCUGUCACUUUCCUGUUUUUCCCUGCCACCGUGAUGACGGCGUAUAUUGCGGAUCGGAGGCUUUUAGUUUACAAAUAUCUGAAAAAAGGCUAUCGAGUUAACGAGCGUGGUGUGAUCGUAGAAGGCGAAGGGGAUGGCUCCGUUGAAAUGGCAUUGAAACCUAACGCUGAUGAGUUUGCCUCUGAUGACGAAGAAGGUCGAGAGUUGGAAAGAUCUCGCAAAGAGUACAUAACAGUUUUGCGUGAAUUAAAAAGGCAACAUCCUGAUGAAGAUUUGGAAACAGUAGAGCGGAUGGCUCUUGAGACAUUGAUGGCUCGGGGUCCGAAGUCGCGCGCUUUUUACAGAGUAUCAGCAACGCGGAAAAUGAUUGGUGGAGGCGAUUUUUCUCGGAAAAUACACGAGCGAGCUCAGAGUGAUCUCAGUGAAGUAAAGGCGGAGUUACAGCGCCGAGAUUCAGCGUCCGUAGUCGCUGAACCCAAGGGUCCCAAUGUACGCUUCGAUCCUGACCACUAUACCGUUAUGGAGAAUUGUGGAUCGUUUGAAGUGAGAGUAGUUCGCCGUGGGAAUCUAAAUGGAGAAGUAACGGUGCAAUAUACUACCGAAGACGGGACUGCGGAGGCUGGCUCUGAUUACGUAGCAGCUCAAGGUUCUCUUACAUUCGGGAAUGGUGAGACGGAGAAGAAAUUUACCGUCCAAGUGAUUGAUGAUGAGGUGUUUGAGGAGGAUGAGCAUUUUUACGUGCGUUUGAGUUCCCCUAAAGGCGCUUGUUUGGCGUCUCCAUCUACCGCUACGAUUGUGAUUUUGGACGAUGAUCAUUCCGGAGUAUUCUCGUUCCCUCAGAGGGACUUUGAGUUGACUGAGUCGGUUGGGACUUACGAUCUCCGUGUGGUGAGGACAGCUGGUGCUCGGGGGAAGGUGCGGAUUCCUUACUGGACGGAAGACGGCACCGCGAAGGGUGGGGCUCAGUAUGAGACCGUGCAAGAUCACGUCGUUUUUGAAAACAACGAAACAGAAAAAUUCAUCCCACUUCAUAUCACAGAAGAGGACAGCUAUGAGAAGGAUGUUCUUUUCUACGUCAACCUCGGCAACCCAGAACUGCUUGGGGAUGACAAUCGUCCCGUGAUGCCUGGCUACGAAGUUGAACAUGUCCAGAAUCUGACCACGUUGCCUGAAGAUGAGGCCGUGGUGGCCAUGAUGGGGUGGCCACGCGCCGGAGAGAUCACCCGAGCCCAGCUUAGGAUUAAAGAAAGCAAGGAGUUUAAGAACACCGUAGAUAAAUUAGUGCAAAGGGCGAAUGCAUCUAUCAUAAUCGGGACGUCGUCAUGGAAGGAGCAGUUCUCAGAGGCUUUAACUGCAAACCCUGAUAACCCCGAUGAACCCCCUUCAGUGGCCGACUACGUGCUUCAUAUCGUCACACUCUUCUGGAAAAUUAUAUUUGCUUUUGUUCCACCUACAGACAUUGGUGGGGGCUACCUCUGCUUCGUAGUAUCCAUCAUCUGCAUCGGUCUAGUCACUGCUGUCAUUGGUGACGUGGCCUCACACUUUGGCUGCACCCUCGGCAUUAAGGACUCCGUCACUGCCAUCAUUUUCGUCGCCUUAGGGACGAGUAUACCUGAUACCUUUGCAAGCAAAGUAGCGGCCAUUCAAGAUAAGCACGCAGACGCAUCCGUGGGCAACGUGACCGGUUCAAACGCUGUGAACGUGUUUCUGGGCAUUGGUGUUGCGUGGACCGUCGCCGCCAUAGUCCAUUGGAGCAAAAACGAAACGUUCCACGUGGAGCCCGGCAACUUAGCCUUCAGCGUCACCAUGUUCUGUUCCGAAGCGCUCCUGGCAGUAUUAGUUCUAGUUUUACGGAGGAGAAAAUCCGUCGGCGGGGAGUUGGGAGGACCUCGUUGUGUCAAGAUCCUGACAUCUAUAUUCUUUUUCUCUCUAUGGCUCAUCUAUCUUACUAUGUCCACUCUAGAAGCUUAUGAUAUUAUUGAAGGGUUCUAAAACUUUAGAAAGUUAUUCGCAUACAUUGAUGUUUGCAUGUGUUUAUAAUCGUAGUAAUUUACAAUUGUAUUCUCUGACACAACUUUGCUUUUAUCGCGGCGUAAUUAAACAUAUUUGACAGCUAAGGUUUGUCCUAGACAUAGAAAUCCCAAUAACCACACAAUGUCCCUUUUAGCACUUUAAGUAUAGAAAACAUUUGUCGGUGACCGCCGCGCCGGCUCCCAGCGGAUGUGCUACUAAGCGUACACGCACGCGUUCGGACUAAUGCAUUACUGUUUUUCACUACGGCGGACACGUUGUUUUAACGCGUAAGAGACAAUUACAAAUGUGUUGUUGGAAUUCGAGUGCUCUGAGUCUUGUUCGCGGGGACAAGGUGACGCGUACACAACAUUUCUAGUGUCUGGUUAUUACGAUAUCUAUGGUACGAUUGUUAAAUAUGUUUUAAUAGCGAACUCGACGCCGAACGUAAUGUUGUACAGAACAUCGACCGCUGAUCGAAAUAUUAAAUUAUAUUUCGAUUAAAGAUAAAAGAACCAUCAAAAUGUAUCAAGAGGAUAAAUAUUUUAAUAGUGUUUUAGAAUAAAAUGUGUAACGUACUAAUCUAUUUACAUUGGGCGUCCAAUUAUUGUCAACAAUUUUCUCCCGCCCAUUUUGAUGUCAAGUCGUGUUUCUUGCAUAUCAACGCCAGCCGGUUUAUUCUCGUAGCUCAACACCAAUCUAAAAAUUCUUGUCACUCAACCGGGCUAAUCUAAAUGUAUUAAAACAGUUUUUUUUUCAUAAAAAAUCGGAAAUUAUACGAUACGAAUAUAACGCGUUUAUGGGUCAUGUCGAGGCUUUAACCUUGAGUAU